GCGGAAGCAAGGGGUGGCUGCUGCGGCCGGGAGUCUCCUCCACGUUUGCAAACGCCGCCGCGGGCCCAGGCCCGAGCCGCGCUGCCCGAGCGCCGUGCACCCCCGCCAGCUUCGUGCCGCGCGCCUCACCCGCCCCGGCUCCUCUCCCCGCCGCCGCCGAUGGCGUUCAGGGCCCGGGGCUGGCGGUCCCCGCCGCCGCUGCUCCUGCUGCUGCUCUGGGUGACCGGGCAGGCGGCGCCCGUGGCGGGCCUGGGCGCCGACGCGGAGCUGCAGAUCCAACGGCGUUUUGUGCCGGAUGAGUGCCCGCGCACCGUGCGCAGCGGCGACUUCGUGCGCUACCACUACGUGGGCACGUUCCCCGACGGCCAGAAGUUCGACUCCAGCUAUGACAGAGAUUCCACUUUCAACGUGUUAGUGGGAAAAGGACAACUGAUCACAGGGAUGGACCAAGCUCUGGUCGGAAUGUGUGUAAAUGAGAGGCGUUUUGUGACGAUUCCCCCAAAACUUGCCUAUGGAAGUGAAGGAGUUUCUGGUGUGAUCCCCCCAGAUUCAGUGCUUCAUUUUGAUGUACUUCUGAUGGAUAUUUGGAAUUCUGAAGAUCAGGUUCAGAUUCACACUUAUUUCAAGCCCCCCAGUUGCCCUCGGACCAUCCAGGUGUCUGAUUUUGUAAGGUAUCACUACAAUGGGACAUUCUUGGAUGGGACACUGUUUGAUUCAAGUCACAAUCGCAUGAGAACAUAUGAUACGUAUGUGGGAAUUGGCUGGCUGAUUCCCGGAAUGGAUAAAGGGCUGUUGGGGAUGUGUGUGGGGGAAAAGCGCAUCAUCACCAUACCUCCUUUUCUGGCCUAUGGAGAAGAUGGAGAUGGGAAAGACAUUCCUGGACAGGCAUCUCUGGUGUUUGAUGUUGCAUUAUUGGACCUCCAUAACCCCAAGGAUGGCAUUUCCAUUGAGAACAAGGUAGUACCUGAAAACUGUGAGCGACGAAGUCAAAGUGGGGACUUUCUCAGGUAUCAUUACAAUGGCACGCUUCUGGAUGGCACCUUCUUUGAUUCCAGCUAUUCGCGGAACCGUACCUUUGACACAUACAUCGGGCAGGGCUACGUGAUUGCAGGAAUGGAUGAAGGUUUGCUAGGUGUUUGCAUCGGAGAGAAGCGGAGGAUUGUGGUCCCUCCUCACCUCGGCUAUGGAGAGGAAGGAAGAGGGGAUAUUCCUGGCUCGGCUGUGCUGGUGUUUGACAUCCACGUGAUCGACUUCCACAACCCUUCUGACUCCAUCAGCGUCACCUCCCACUACAAGCCCCCCGACUGCUCAGUGCUGAGUAAGAAGGGGGAUUACCUCAAGUAUCACUACAACGCCUCGCUGCUGGAUGGGACCCUGCUGGAUUCCACGUGGAAUUUAGGCAAAACGUAUAAUAUUGUUUUGGGGUCAGGCCAAGUUGUACUGGGAAUGGAUAUGGGUCUCCGAGAGAUGUGUGUUGGAGAGAAACGGACAGUGAUCAUCCCGCCCCACCUGGGCUACGGGGAGGCUGGCGUGGAUGGAGAAGUGCCCGGCAGUGCCGUGCUGGUGUUUGACAUCGAGCUGCUGGAGCUUGUGGCUGGCCUGCCCGAGGGAUACAUGUUUGUAUGGAAUGACGAGGUGUCACCCAACCUCUAUGAAGAAAUUGACAAGGAUGGCAAUGGAGAAGUCCUUCUCGUAGAGUUCUCAGAGUAUAUUCAUGCCCAGGUGGCAUCUGGCAAAGGGAAACUCGCUCCUGGGUUUGAUGCGGAGAUGAUUGUGAAGAAUAUGUUCACCAACCAGGACCGGAAUGGAGAUGGGAAGGUCACGGCUGAGGAAUUCAAACUCAAAGACCAGGAGGUCAAACACGAUGAACUCUAAAGCUGACUGGAGCGGCUUGUGUGGCACCAAGCCCACUGUCAUGGAAGCAUGUGCAGUGAGGGCACAAGGGUCUCUCAGAAGGUGAAUCGGUCAGCAGGGAGCAGAUGGGUCAUGUCGUACCUGGGGCAUGCGUCAGGGGUGGGUUGAUACACUAGGUGAGGAUUUUUAAGCCUGAUGCCAGCAAUACUAAACAAAUCGGUGUGACGUCCCUUAGCACAGACUGUGUAGAAUACCAAAAAGGUAUUUCGUAGUAUGCGAUGCAUAGAGUAUCAACAAGGCACUGCCAACCAGUGUUUUAUGAACCUUCUGGGUAGUUUUAUUAUUAAAGAAAAAGUGUCAUACAGAAGUUAUAACCAUCUUGGAGGGAACAGAAGAAAAAGUGUCCAGGAUAGCUACAUAAAGAUUAAAAAAAUUUUUUUAACUUGGUAUUUUAAAAGUGUUCUCCAGAUGGGCAGAAAAGACAAAGGGAACGCCCGGCAGGAUUCCCAGAGCACCGCAGGAAACUUUUCUCAGCAGCCUGCAUAGGCAGCAGUACCGCCCAGCCUCCCCCUUCCUCCUACAGGCACUCAGACCCGUGCUUUCUGUCGGUCACACCCGCCACAGUGGGCUUUCAAUAGGCUGGGGAGCUUCGAGGUUGAAUCAGUGGGCCAAACACAGGGCAUCUUGGCCCAUGAGGAAGGAAUUUGAUUCUGGGUCUGUUGCAUAAGGUUAUCUGCUCCCCUUUCUUACCCCCAUCACUCCUCGCGCAGCGCAUGCCCCUCCCUGAAGCCUCUGAUCAGAUCGUACACAUGGGAUCCGUGGCUGAGCUGAACUCCCGAGUAUCUCACUGUGGCCAAGAAGGAAAUGUCAUCCAGAUGUGAACAUAAACAAGGCGAUGUAUUUCUGCCCUUCAGUCGUCUCCUGAAGAGGGGGUGCCCUAAAGCUGGGGAGCCUCUCUCUGUGCAGGAACACAAGGACACUGUACCUGCGGCCUGUCCCCGUGUGACACAGAAACCACCUUGCUGCCUUGUCUUUUGCUCCCAGGUAGUGGUGUCACUCACCCUGAAGUGAUUUUGAAAUUGCUUUGUUUUACUAAUUUAAAUUGUUUUGUACUGAUGUAGCCCUGAGAUAGUUCAUGAAAAUGCCAUGCUCUCAUUCAAUGGAAUAAAUGUUGGAAAACUGAUCUUUUUGCAUAUAAAAUAUUGAAUGAUA